AUGGAUCAACCAACUCUAAAGGAGGAAACCAUCACCUAUAAAAUCUUAACUGAACAUAGGAAGCUAAGUAAAGGAGUAAAUCAAGAGGGAAUUACCUUCUACAAGAAUCUCAUCAAUAAGCUCCUAGCAAAUGGCACACAAUCUUUGGUCACACUCUUCAAUUGGGAUACACCACAAGCCCUUGAAGAUGAGUAUCUUGGCUUUCUAAGCCCUCGUAUUGUGAGCGAUUUUCGCAUUUAUGCUAACCAUUGCUUCAAAGAAUUUAGCCACAAGGUGCUAUGGACAACGAUCAAUGAGCCAUCGACUUAUGCCUCUAAUGGCUACGACACGGGCAUGUAUGCACCAGGACGAUGUUCCGCGUGGAUGAACAAUAGUUGCUUUGGAGGGAAUUCUGCAACUGAGCCUUAUAUAGUUGUCCAUCACAUGCUUCUUGCUCAUGCAGAAGCAGCUAUAUCAUAUAGAAGAAAAUACAAGUCAUCACAAAAGGGUGAGAUAGGCAUUGUGUUGGUGUCUAAUUGGUUUGAAGCGUACUCUAAGACUAAACAAGAUGCAGAAGCUGCUAAACGAGCCAUAGACUUCAUGUCUGGAUGGUAUAUAGAUCCGUUAACUUAUGGUGACUAUCCAAAAAAUAUGUGUAGACUUGUGGGAGAUCGCUCACCAAAAUCCCCAACAGAGCAAGCCGAGAUGGUGAAAGGUUCCUAUGAUUUCUUGGGACUAGAUUACUACACUUCAAGUUAUGCAUCCAAUAUGGAUUCCCCAUAUAAAGUGAAAAUUAGUUAUUCAAGACAUUCUCGAGUAAAUGAGACAACUAAGUCCUAA